AUGGCGCACAUUGCCGAGCAUCCCUCUAGGGCGAAGCGCAGAAAGCUCGAUGAUGAACAGACCAGCGAGGAUGUGAAUUUUACUUCUCCUUCCCAACUGCGCGAGCUCCUGCUUUUCCAGCAGAACGCUCUAACUGCCAAGCAAGGCAUUCUAAAAUUCAAGGAGUUUCUGGUGUCAAUUGGUCAGACCGAAAAGGAGAGUGACAAGACUCAGAAGCUUCGUGUUCUGAAGGGCUAUUGCGAUAAGCAAAUUACUCCUGGCAAAGAGGAAGACACCUCCGUCUGCUUUCCGGAUCUCAUCCAGACCUGGGGCUUUGCUGAUAGCAACAAUAAUGAGCCUCUACUAACCAACAUUCCCUCUGUAUUGGCGAUCUUCUUGAAGACUAUCUCCCGCCAACUUGAAUUCCGGGAAUUCGGAGUCGCUUUGUGUAAGCACCUGCUGCAGAAGGACCAGCUCAGACUUUUCAACCGUGGUUUGACGGCAACAAAGACGAAGGAGCAUCUAAUCUCUCCAUGCUUGCGUCUUCUCACCGAAAUUGUCACGUAUGACGGCGGCGCUGUCGCUCGCAAACUGUAUCUCACCCGUUAUAUUACCUUCAAGCGACUCGAAAUCUUCUUGACACCUAACAAGCUGCAGCUUGAGGCUGCAGAGGAUGAUGCACCGAAGUCGACACUCCGAAGAAAUGCUCUGAAGUAUCUCCUUGCCAACCUGAGAGUCCAACAAACUUUGGAGAAGAGCGACAUCAUCGAGCAGCCGAAACUUACUCGAGCGCUGCUUGAACACGCCCGGAAAGACGCUCGGGCGGAUGCUCUGGAGAUUAUCAAGGCAGUUGAGCGAGAUAUUGUGCAAGACGAAUCAUUGCCCCGCAAAUCCAAGAGCAAGUUCUUCAAUCGUUGGAACCUGGAGAAGUUGGUGACGCUCUACGGCUAUGACCGCGAGUCUGAUGAGCCUAAUCCCGAAGGGACAGUGAUUGCCAAUGAGAUCCACCGGGUCCUAAUGAAUAUUUGCAAGACCUCUGGUCUCGGCGUUCUACUCCCAGAGACGGGCUGGUACCCAAUUGGAACUGAUCCCGAGACUCUGCCAAUCGAUGAUGAUGAAAGUAUCGAAUUGGGUCUCGACUCGCCUAUUCACGUCGACAAGUACCGGGAGUCUAUCCCUGUGCGAAACAACUCCCUGUCUCACCUGAUUCAAUGCCUUCGCCCAGAUGUGGACAGUCUGCAAAUCGAGUUGCUGGUCACCAUCUUCAAGGCCGCCCCUGAGUUGAUCGCCGACUUUUUCACUAAAAAGACCAUGUUCACGGCAGACCCCAAGGCCACCCCCUCAUGGAUGGCCGAGUCUGCUUUCCUCUUCUCAACGGUGCAGCUACCCGUGCCCACAAACUGUGGCUGGAAGGACAAGCAGCCGGCCCUGCCGCCUCCCGUGUCCAUCGUCAUCGAGAAUGUUCUUCCUCGCCCUAUGAGCCAGAAAAUCAUGACCCGGUGCUUGAAUCAGAACGCUGAGAUUAUUACAUUGUUCGCAGUGCGAAUUUUGACCCUCUCGUUCAAAAAAUUGCGGGCUGUUCUGAAGAUCUUCCGAGCCGAUCAUGGGCAAGCCCAGCUGUUCUGGAACCAGGCUUCUUCCAAGCUGCUCGCUGAGUUCUCUCGCCGAAUUCCAGCCGUCAAAGAUACGAUCCUUCUGUUCCGCCGAACUACCAAGGAGGACUUGCAACAGCAAGAGGCUGUUGCUGAGCUCUUGGCGUGUUACUACGAAGUAAUGCCCGAUAUUGCGUUGGAGGAGAACUUUGAUGUGUCCUUGGUACUGGUGGAUGUUUUGAAGCGUCUCGAAGAACCCAAGCUCAGCGCUGAUGACUCUGAGAUGCUCCUAAGCCAGUUGCAGAGUGUCCUCCAGAUCGCACAGCAGUCUGCCUCAAUGAGGUGGUGGCAGAAGCCAGCAUCUAUGCAAUACUCGCCCUUUACCUCGAUUCUCAAGGUUCUUGUGGAAACCUCGGACAAGGACUCUGCGCGCCGCAUUUCUUCUCUGCUAAGGUCUGUUCUUGCGGACAAUUCCGUCUUGCAGAACCUACCGCAGUCAUUCAACGCCCUCCUGUCUAGUCUUGAAGAUUCCGAAUCCGAGACACUGCAUAAACAGUUGGUUUUCAUUGACAAUUGCGUGUCCCGAGUCGCGAAGAAGCCUGUCCACUAUCUAGACCUGAUCGGGUCCACGUCCCAAGACGAAGCUGCUACCAGCCCUCUUGUCGCAGCCAUCGUCGAACAAUGGCCUUUCGUCGUCAAGGCCGGCGAUGAAUCUGCUGAAAUAGCUACUGGAGCCUGGAUUGCCAAGUUACUUGCGCACCUGAAACAGGCUGGAGAAAACUCCGCUGCCUUGAAGGCUGCUCGUGACACUUUGGUUGAAGCUACUGAGACGAAGAAGACCCGAUCCCUGAUCAAGAAAAGUUUCAAGGGACAAGAAGACAUUGAUGACGAAGACAAAAUGGAUGUUGACUCUGAGCCGGUGGCCCCGACCUCGUCCGCCAAGACCGCAACAGUGGAUCUCGAUGAGAUCUUCGGCUUCCUGCCCACUGAAGGUACCACACAUAACGCACUGCACAGGUGGGAGAGAGAAGACCUCGAGCAAGCUGUUGAACAAGGGCGUAUUGCUGAGCUGAUGCUUUGUUUGUGCUCGGAGCACGAGGAAGUUCGGAGACAGGCAUUUGCCAAGAUCGCUCGGUUUAUGGGCCAGCUGAAGGAAUCCAAAUAUGGGGAGUGGCGUACUGUAUAUACCCUCACGGGUGAGCUUCUUGAGACUGUCAAUCAAAUCGGUCUUGGGGAGCCUAUUCCCUGGAUCAUCGGCGAAUGCGCGGCCAACUGCCUGAACAUCCUCACUCAUCCCUUGCACAAGGUGUAUGGAAAGGUCAACAAAUUCUUGCAGAAAGCUCCCGUAUGGGAAGUGGAGAAGAUCCCAUCCUACUGGAUUGACAAGGUCUUCCUCAAUGAGCCUGAGCUGGACGAUGGCUACUUUGACGAGAUUGACUGGUUGCUGGGACUAUUCGUUAAGGGUCUCCGCACUAAGGCCGAUAUGGAAAUCUACAGACGUGCGAAUGUUUUCGAACGCAUUCUCUCACUCUACCAGUCACCGACUCUUAGCGAGGCAGCCCGACGAAAGAUUCUGCAUAUAAUCUACCGAGCUGCGCAAGUGGGCGGCAGUACUACUUUGAUUACCCGCGCAGCGGUCAUCAGCUGGAUUCAAGUCCAAGUUGCGGAGGCGGAUGCGAAAGAAGUGGCAUUGCUUGCGGCCUUGGCACGGACUUUGUAUGAGACAUCUGACCGCGAGCGUGUCGAUGCAUGGAGCGCUGGAACUGUCGAGCAUGCCUUGAAGGAGAUCUCGCAAGCAUAA